AGAAAGGGAGUGAGAGAGAAAAAAAACGGGGAAAAUCUUCGUCUAUCUCUCCAUUUCUUAUUCAUUUGCUAUUCAUUAUUGACUCUUAAUUUCGAAAGACGCCCAUAUCACCUUUAUUUUCUAUAGUUCUUUUCCUUCUUCUUUAAUUAUUUCUAUUUCUUAAUUCUGUGGGGGAUCUAACCAUUAAAACGAAGGAGGAGGAGGGGAGGACGAAAGGAUAAAAUAUAAUCAUUUUUAGGACAAGAAAGAGAGAAACGGAAUAGAUGAGCAGAAUCCUCAGCCGCCAAAAUGGAUUUUGAGGAACAGAGAAGGAUGUUCGCCAUGAACAUGGGCGGACAUCCCAUGGCAAACCAUCAUGCAACUCAGCAGGCAGUGGCCCAGCAGGCAGCAGCUCAGCAGGUGGCACAACAGGUGGCUCAGCAGGGUCCCCACACCAGGAUCCUUAUGCCUGAGCCCUCGCUGCCGAUGGUUGCAGGGUCGCGUCAGGGUCCAAUGGAUGCUACCAUGGCCACCAUAACGACGCAAAUGGCAAAUGCACAGCAGAUCACUAUGCAUCAUACUGUGCAUCAGCAACAACUGGCACAUCACCAGCAACAGGCUGCACAAGUUGCACAGCAGCAACAGCAACAACAACAGCAGCAGCAACAGCAGCAGCAGCAGCAGCAGCACAUGGAAGUGGCAGUGAGCAUGGACGCAGGUGGCGAGGCAGGCCCUUCGAUGGUGCGGGUGAUGGAGGAGGGGCCGGUAGAGGUGAAGGCCCCAGACGCCCAUGACCCCAGCAUGGUGGAGGGGCCGAGUGAGGGCGUGGACAGUGUGGGGGCAGGGCAGAGCGGGAUGGAAACGUCUCGGUGGUGCCUUGUGUGUGACAAGGGCCUCCCAGCCCAGGAGUCGUCACAGGAACUGGUAGAUCUUUAUAAGGCAACCAUGACAGUGAGCCAGAGAAAACUGUCGGCAAUGUUAGGCCGCCUGGUGGGAUUGACGUUGUAUAAGGCCCAUAGUGAUGUGUUGUGCCGAAGGUGUUUCAACCUAGUGGACCAGGUGGAUGGGCUGGAAAUUGAGCUGGCAGACACCAAAAUGGAACUUGUUCAACAGUACGAAGCCACUAUAGCACACAGGCAACCUCAUGCGAAGAGAGAGAUUGAGAGACCGACACUUGAAGUUGAUGUUGAAUGGGACGAGUCUAAUGAGUCCGAUGUGAUAGACAAUGACGAUGAUGACCCAGACUGCACGGCCUCUGGAGCAAAGAAAAAAAAGAAGACGAGAAAGACAAAGCGCAAGGGAGGACGUCCUCGGAAAGUAAAGCUCACGGCAAAGAUUAAGCAUAUCGACAACAACCUCAGUGGGGUGGAAGAUAACGACGCAGAGGGUAGGCCGAGGAAGCGAGGACGAGGGCGGCCCAGGAAGAAGGACAAGGAAGAAGACGAUUUCAUACCUCCAGGAGCCCCAACCAAGGACUGUCCUACAUGCAAGAAGGUUGUCCACGCAAAGAAGUACCUGAUUCACUUAUCAACACAUCGGCUUUUCCCGUGUCCAUUCUGUGAAUCCGUCUACAAAAGAAAGGACAUCAAGACGCAUUUGGCUGAGGCUCAUCAGGAGGAGAUCCACUACCCUUGCACAGAGUGCGACGAGGUCUUUGACACGUUCAUGCAGCUGCGGCAGCACUGCCUAGUGGUGCACAUGGGCGUGGAGAGAGAGCAGUUUGUGUGCAAACUCUGUAGCAAGAAGUUCUCCAGCCCCACAGGUCUGAAGGUGCACAUAGAGACCAUCCAUGAGAAGGUCCAGGUGUACGAGUGCCCGGAGUGCAAGGAGACUUUCAACCAGAAGGGCAACAUGCAGAACCACUUCCGUCGAGUGCACCAGGGGGAUGAGGCGCGUAAACUCUUAUGUGAUAUAUGUAAUAAGGGCUUUAUCUGCCCAAGCGACCUCAGGAAGCACGUAGAACGUGUGCAUCUCAAGGUACGCAAGAAUGAGGUAAUGUGUGAGGUAUGUGGGAAGCCCUUCUCAGAUUCCCGGGCCAUGAGGAUUCACAUCAAUGCAGUCCACACCAAGGAGGUUCAGCACCCAUGCCCUGAGUGUAAAAUGGUCUUCCACAGCCUCACUAACAUGGUCACACACAGACGGCGCAUGCAUGGGGGGCCAGAGGGCAGGAAAAAUGUGUGUGAGGUUUGUGGCAAAGGCUUCUGUAGUCCAAGUGAUCUGAAAACACAUAUCAGAGUUGUGCAUGAGAAUGUUAGAAAGUAUGUAUGUGAUAUCUGUGGCCAGGCAUUCAAAGUGUGCUCACACUUGAAGUACCAUCGAAGGAAACACACUGGUGAGACGCCGUAUGAGUGCCCUCAUUGUGGGAAGUGCUUCCAUGGACCAAGUCAUAUUUCAGACCACGUUAAGAAGGUUCAUAAGACAGUCUACAUUGGAGCCAAUCAGCGCCGCAAGUUAAACCUCCCAGAGAGUGCUCCUCCCCCACCCCCUGGCAUGCUGCCCCCUCGUGAGACCAAGCCCAAGCCCAAACCCAUGACACCACCCAUGAACAUGGUCCAUCCCACAUAUUCACAACCCAUGGCAUGCACAAUUCCUGCCACUGGAGUGACCACCUUCACUCCUACGCACCACACCACCAACAUGCUGCCACCAGCGCAGGCCAAUCCACCCAUGAUCCAUCACCAGGGUAUCAUGGAGCACCACAACCCCUAUGCCAAUUUCCAGUUCCAAACGGUUGAACAGAAUCCUGCCCAACAGUCACCGGUGCCCAUGGUCGUGCGGCUCCUGCAUGACUUGCAGUAUCAAUAAGGUCCAAUGAUUCCACUGAGCAUUCAUACUUAAUGGGCGGGAUGGAUCCCAUUUCACCUUCAUUGCUUCUCGGCAGGGUUUGAGAGCUGUCUUGGCACUCUUGGAUUUAAGCUAUGUAAAGUUGUUUGUGUAAAAAAGUAAAUUAUAUUUUCUCAUAUUGUUAUUGCUAUUUUUUUCUACUUGUGUUUAUCAUUGUGUUUUGUUUUACAUUGCCUACACAUGCCAUGUUCACAGAAGCACCCUCAUGUGGUCAUUAUUUCUAACUAUGUUCAAUAUUUAUGUUAUAAUCUUCUUGUUUCUUCUGUAUCACUUUAUCAACAUGUGUUAGGAAUUUAUUGGUAAUUUUUUGUGUGCAAUCUUUUGUCCAAGUGCGUUGAUUUUUUUUUUUUUUUUAUUGACACAUUAUUAUGUACACUGUCCUACAUGCAGGUAGAUUGGCAUUGUAAUUCCUUAACUAAUUAUAACAGGGUCAUCAUAUGGUCAGCAUCUGUGAUUUUGUGAUUCUAUUAUUAUCUUUUUUUUCCAUAUUCUGAAAUGGAAAAAUUUAGAUCUGAUCAUUGAUCUGAUUCUCUUCAUAGUACAAAAUAGAAGUCUGAUAUCAUCUUCCUCAGCAGAUCAUGAUUCAGACCUUUAUAUUAGAAAAUGAAUCAGUGCUAGAAAGUGUUGGCAUUAUUUCUGCUGGCAAAUGCUUGCUUCAUUUGUUGAAGGCCAUUGUGUAAAUACUAUGCAAGUACAUAUGUAUGGACCAUGAUCUCAAUAGCUUUUUCACCAGAAGUAUUUACACAAACACCUACAAAUAUACCUACACUCAUGCUUACACUCAUACUUAUAUUCACAAAUACUUGCAUCCACACUCAGAUCAACAUUUACAUCCACACCCAUAUUCACAUCACUAUCCACACUCACAUCCACACACAUACAUACAUAGUCAUACAUAUAUAUUAUUUUAAUGUAAUGGUGAAGCUGUACUAUUAAUAAGAAAAAAAUAUUCUUUUUGAAAACUUAGGUUAACAAAUUUUGUACAUAUUUUGUAUGAAAUGUAGUCUAGUGAAAUAUGUAAAAUUUUACAUAAAUAUAUGUUUCUAGAGAUGGA